GUUUGGAAUUGGAUCUAUAGGCAUCUAAUUAAUAAAUGGGUGAUAGAUUAAAUAUUAUCGGGUAUUAUAGAUGGUUGAUAUUCCUGUUCAGCUUCAGUAAUUUUGACAAGAUUUAGUUCCAACUUAGUUUUUAUAUUUUUUCAAUCAGAAAGUAUUACAGUUUAUUUUAUAUAUUUUGUACCUGUUAGUACCGGUUUAAUUUUAAAAGUAAAUUAUUUAUUAUAAAUAAAUCAAAAUGCUGCACUUCAAUACUGUCCCGGAGGAUUACGUGAAGAAGACCGCGCAAUGUGCGCAAGUGGCCCUGGGGUGCCGUUCGGCGCACCAGACUGCCGCCAGGGGGGUUGUCAAGCCGGCGCAGCUCGCUACUCUUACACCCAAGGUCCGUGCGUUCGUAGAACGAAGCGUGGCUCUGUGCCAGCCUGACCAUGUGCACGUGUGCGACGGCUCCGAUGCCGAGGCCGGUGCCCUGCUGCAGCUCAUGCAACAACAGGGAACCAUUCGCCCUUUGCCGAAAUAUGACAACUGUUGGCUAGCCCGCACGGACCCGGCCGAUGUGGCCCGCGUUGAGUCCCGGACUUUCAUCUGUUCGGAGAAGGAGCGCGACGUGGUGCCCAUAGCGAGGGCUGGUCAGAAGUCUGCAUUAGGCAACUACAUCACACUCAGUGAUUAUGAGAAAGCGGUGUCUGAGAGAUUCCCUGGGUGCAUGAAAGGUCGCACCAUGUACGUGAUUCCGUUCUCGAUGGGUCCCGUGGGUUCCCCGCUGUCCAAGAUUGGCGUGGAGAUCACGGACUCUCCCUACGUCGUCUACUCCAUGAGGGUCAUGACCAGGAUCGGAAGCAAAGUUCUGGAGGCCCUCCGGCAAGACGAGUCGUUCGUGAAGUGCCUCCACGCGCUGGGGCACGCGGGCGCGCCGGGCUGGCCGUGCGACCCGCCGCGCACGCUCAUCCUGCACAGGCCCGCCGACAGCGAGAUCGUCAGCUUUGGUAGCGGCUACGGCGGCAACAGCUUGCUGGGCAAGAAGUGCUUCGCUCUGCGGAUCGGCUCCGUCAUCGCCAGGCGCGAGGGCUGGCUUGCUGAACACAUGCUGAUCGUGGGCAUAACAGACCCUCAAGGUCGCAAGCGUUACAUCGCCGCGGCGUUCCCGUCCGCCUGCGGGAAGACCAACCUUGCCAUGAUGACGCCAACUCUGCCUGGCUACAAGGUGGAGUGUGUGGGAGACGAUAUAGCUUGGAUGAAGUUCGACAAAAAUGGCGUCUUGAGAGCUAUAAAUCCGGAAAACGGAUUCUUCGGAGUUGCUCCUGGGACCUCAUCUUCCACCAACCCAAUCGCUAUGUCGACGAUAUUCAGCAACACCGUAUUCACAAACGUAGCUGAGACGGAGGACGGUGGCGUGUGGUGGGAGGGCAUGGGCAAGGCCCCGGCCAAGCUCACAGACUGGAAAGGGCAACCGUGGACCCCUGAGUCGAAGACCCCUGCGGCUCAUCCCAACUCCAGAUUUUGCACCCCAGCAGACCAGUGCCCGAUAAUCGACAGUGAAUGGGAAAGCGCUGAGGGAGUACCUAUUUCCGCCAUAUUACUCGGUGGCAGACGCCCAGCUGGUGUACCUUUAGUAGUUGAAGCGAGAGAUUGGAAACAUGGCGUCUUCAUGGGCGCAUCUAUGAGAUCUGAGUCUACUGCUGCAGCGGAACACAGCGGAAAAGUCGUAAUGAAUGAUCCAUUUGCUAUGCGUCCAUUCUUCGGCUACAACUUCGGAGAGUACCUGAAGCACUGGCUGUCGAUGCCGCAAGCAGGACGCAAAAUGCCCAAGAUCUUCCAUGUCAACUGGUUCCGUAAGAGUGAUGAGGGUAAAUUCCUUUGGCCCGGUUUCGGUGAAAACUCUCGUGUAUUGGACUGGGUUCUCCGUCGCUGUGACAACGAGCCGUGCUACACUGAAACUCCACUUGGCUAUGUCCCAAGAGAAGGGGACCUCAACACUAAAGAUCUCGGAUCUAUCGACAUGAAGAGUUUAUUCAGUAUACCCAAAGACUUCUGGUUGCAAGAGGCUGAUGCUAUCGGAAAAUAUUUCAAAGAAGAAGUCGGAGCCGAUUUACCUCAAGAAAUGUGGGACGAGCUUGAAACUCUUAGAAAGAAAGUUCAGUCGUCAUAAAAUAUAACCAAAGAUAUGUAAAAUGAAUCGCAAUGGCGAAAUAUGAUCUAACGAAUAUAGGCAAAAUUAAUUUUACGACAUUCCUUGAUUAAUAUCGAAUUAAUUGUUAAUUAAGUGUUAUUGAAUAUGUAUAAAAAGAAUGCUUAGUAUGCCGUAUUUCAUUAGUCGCAACGAGUAAAUAGAAUACUGGUAGCAUCUUUGGAAGACGUAUUUGAACAUGAAAGAAAUACGAUGGCUGUGUUAAUAAGUUAAGUUAUGAUAAAUUUUAGAAUAUUAGUGCUACUUAAUGUAAGUACAUAAUAAAUUAGCUUAAUAAUAAAUCAAUCCAAUAAAAAUCAUAUACUUUUUACAA